UCAGGGUCAGGUGCAGGGUCAGGCUCAGGGUCAGGGUCAGGGGCAGGCUCAGGCGCAGGCUCAGGGGCAGGGGCAGGGGCAGGCUCAGGCUCAGGCUCAGGGGCAGGGGCAGGGGCAGGGACAGGCUCAGGCUCAGGCUCAGGCUCAGGCUCAGGCUCAGGCUCAGGCUCAGGCUCAGGCACAGGCUCAGGCUUAGGCUCAGGCUCAGGGUCAGGCAGAGUGGUCAGGCAGGUGGGUACAGGGUCAGGGGCAGGGGCAGGGUCAGGGUCAGUGGCAGGGGCAGGGGCAGGGUCAGGGGCAGGGUCAGGGUCAGGGGCAGGGUCAGGCUCAGGGUCAGGGUCAGGGGCAGGCUCAGGCGCAGGUUCAGGGGCAGGGGCUGGGGCAGGCUCAGGCUCAGGCUCAGGGUCAGGGGCAGGGGCAGGGGCAGGGACAGGGGCAGGCUCAGGGUCAGGGUCAGGGGCAGGGUCAGGGGCAGGCUCAGCGUCAGGGUCAGUGGCAGGGGCAGGGUCAGGGGCAGGCUUAGGCUCAGGGGCAGGCUCAGGGUCAGGUGCAGGGUCAGGCUCAGGGUCAGGGUCAGGGGCAGGCUCAGGCGCAGGCUCAGGGGCAAGGGCAGGCUCAGGCUCAGGCUCAGGCUCAGAGGCAGGGGCAGGGACAGGCUCAGGCUCAGGCUCAGGCUCAGGCUCAGGCACAGGCUCAGGCUCAGGGGCAGGGGCAGGCUCAGGCUCCUGGUCAGGCUCAGGCUCAGGGUCAGGCAGAGUGGUCAGGCAGGUGGGUACAGGGUCAGGGGCAGGGGCAGGGUCAGGGUCAGGGGCAGGGUCAGGGUCAGGGUCAGGGUCAGGCUCAGGCACAGGCUCAGGCUCAGGCUCAGGGGCAGGGGCAGGCUCAGGCUCCUGGGACAUCCUGAGAACUGAGUCGCUGUGUCCUCAGAUGCCUAUAGCCGAAUGA